CACAAACUUUUGGGUGACAGUUGUGAUCAGCAGCUGGUUCUCAUGUGGAUUACCUUUAACUGCUGGUGCUGCUUUGUUGUUGGACGAUUUAAAAAUGUGCAUCAAAUAUUUUGCAUUUGCUCUUCUUUGGUUUCCUGGAGUGCUGCACGCACAGAGCACCACACAGGCCUGUGAUGCUCCCACACUGGACGGUGGCUUCUUUGCCCCAAAGCAAGAGACUUACCCUCACGGCACCAAGCUGAGCUACACCUGCAACGAAGGACGUCAGCUAGCAAUGAAGGGUUGGUGGGCAACCAGCACAUGUCACAAUGGAAGAUGGUCUCAUGAGCCACAGUGUAUAGAAAGCAUGAAUGCGUGCAGCGUGCCUCCUAAAAUCCCCCAUGCAGUCAUCGUUCAUCAGGACUAUCAGGAAGUGUUUGCUGCAGGUUCAGAAGUGCAGUAUGAGUGUGAAGAUGGAUACACUGCAGAGGGAGCACACAACAAAAAAUCUGUUUGUACACAAGGAAGCUGGACACAAGGCCCGACCUGCACAUCUUCUAGCACCUCUGACUCAAAUAACAGAGACAGUAGACCCAUGCUGAUGAAUGUUCAGUCGUGUGGAGCCCGCCCAUACAUUGAAAAUGCUGUAAUUGUGGAAGAAGGUCCAAUGUAUUUGAAAUACCAGUGCAAUCGUUAUUACAAACUAGCUGGUCCAGAGGCUGUGAGUUGUUACAGUGAUGCUCACUGGUCCAAACUACCCACCUGUGAAGAAGCGUUCUGUGUGGUGGAUCCUGCUAGAUAUGCUCGUUAUGGUCUUGUAAAAUCAUCAUCUGAAUACAUGCGGGAAGGAGAGACGAAGCCUUUUCCUUGUACAACAAAAGACUAUUAUAUCAAUGUUCGGUGCACUAAUAGAAGAAUAUUUCUGAGUACAUGUUGUCCCACAGCUGACAUUUUUUAUGAAGUGUGCAGAGUAUUCAGAGAACCCAACUGACAACACGACCUUUCUGAAACUCUUCAACCAGAACCUGCAGAGCAACAACAAAACAUGUUUCUUUUCUUUGCACAGUUUUAGUGCUGAUUGUUCUUUAAACACCAAACUGUCCAUAAAUGUUUUGAACUUUGAAUGCACUCAAUACAUGAUGUGUACACUGAAUCCAUAAAGUGUCGAUGGCUGGCUGAGGUCUGAAUUCAAUGUUUCAUCAUCAGAGACGUCUUUGUAUUGCUUUGUCUGCUAAAAGAGUGGAGCUGUUUUUUCUUUGUACAUACUUAGAACAUCUACAAAUGACUGUUUAAAUAUUGAAACUAGUAUUUUUUUUAACAGUUUUCUAGUAGAGGUUUGGGUUGUGAGUUCUACACAAUGAACACUUUCAUAGAUGCUGCAAUGUCAGAUUCUUCAUGUGUGUACAUGCACAGACCACAUGUGCAUACUUUUGUGCACAUAAACUCACAGAUGUAUAUGACAACUCAGGUUUAUGGCAAUAAAUUUUUUAUUCUAAUUUUAAAAAUGUAAUACAUAUACAUUUAUUACAGUUUUUCAUAGACACCUUUCAGAACACAGCCUAUGCCUGAUUCUCAUACCUGCAUUAGUUUAGUCAUAAUGUUGAAAUUGUGAGGAAAAAAGCAGAUGAGCAAAUCUGUAGCUGCCAGCUGUCCUCUAGGCUUCACCUCUGCAAAACCUGUGUCUCUGAACUGGAUCUCAACAGUGUUUGUGGUCUCAUAAGCUCUCCUGUGAAUUUUAGUUUGCAUACUUAGAAUAUAUUAUGCUAAAUAUAUACAGGUUUUUCCACAAUAGAUAUGAUAGUAAAAUUUAGUAAACCUCUAUUAAAGUCUC